AGGGUUUAAAAGACUAGCUGGUGGAAACACACAUAGACACACAUACACACACACACACAGCUCGGAGCCGGUGUAACACAUCCAGACCAUUCACCCUGAAAUAAACCAAAGACGUGGACACGGUGACCCGUCGGGGACAGAGACAUAAAGAGAGAGACAUAUCACAGAAGGAAGCACAGUGCAUGGGUGGGGGGUCUAACGUCAGACACCAUGAGCUCCAAGGAGGGUGGAACGGCCCUGACCCGCCGCAACUGCCGGCUGGCCUCGGACACCGACAAACCCAAAUCCACAGGCAUCGUCAACGAGAAGCUCCUGACUGACUACCUGUACCAUGUGUUCCCCUCCACCAAGCCCGGGCCCACCCUGGCCUCCCUCAGGAAACCCCUGGGAUUCCAGGACCUUGGAUCCCACCUGGAGAAACUUCUGGCAGAGGGAGAGCCCCCUGAGGAGGACAGAGACGCGCCCGUCGAGGGCCGCCUGGGGCCCAACACGGUGGUCCUGGACCACACCAGCGGCUUCGAGGGCCUCCUGUUUGUGGACGACGACCUGCUGGGGGUCAUCGGCCACAGCAACUUCAGCUCCAUCAGAGCGACGACAUGUGUAUAUAAAGGGAAAUGGGUCUACGAGGUAUUGAUAUCCUCUCAAGGUCUGAUGCAGAUAGGGUGGUGUACGCUCAACUGUCACUUCAACCAAGAGGAGGGUGUAGGGGACACGCCGGACUCCUACGCCUACGACGGGAACAGAGUCCGCAAGUGGAACGUGACGACAACCAACUAUGGCAAGUCGUGGGCUGCGGGAGACAUUGUGAGCUGCAUGAUAGACCUGGAUGAAGGAACCAUCACGUUCUGCUUAAACGGCCAGUCUCUGGGCACAGCCUUCACGGACAUCAAGAUGGGUCCAGGCGUGGCCUACUUCCCUGCCAUCAGCCUCUCCUUCAAAGAAUCCGUGGCCUUCAACUUCGGGAGCAGACCUCUCAGGUACCCUGUGGAGGGCUACCUCCCCCUGCAGAACCCCCCCACCGCGGAGCUCCUGAAGGCCCAGAAGCUGCUGGGCUACAUCAAGACCGUGCUGGCCACCACCAUCGACGUCCAGGAGGAGAGGUUGGUGGAGAAGGACUGUUCCUCUUGGAAACUCCACGGAGAACCAACCGUUCUCCUCGCCAUGGCCCACAUCUUCAACCACUUUGCUCCCCUCAUGUGUAAAGUGUACCUGGUGGAGGAUGUGCUGAUGAGCUUCCUAUUGGGUAUUCUGGAGGGCGGUGGUUCGGUGGACGAACAUCCACUCAUACAACAGCUGCUUGACCUCUUCUGGCUCCUGAUGGAGGACUACGAGGUGAACGAGUGCCUGAAGCAGCUGAUGAUGUCAUUACUGAGGGCCUAUCGCUUCUCCCCCAUUAUCCCCGACCUAGGCUUCCAGAUCCACUACCUUCGUCUGACCACUGCCAUCCUGCACCACGAGAAGUCCCGCAAAUACCUCCUCAGCAACGUCCUGUUUGACGUGCUGCGCUCCGUGGUCUUCUUCUACAUCAAGACCCCCCUGCGGGUGAAGGAGGCGGGGCUGGAGGAGCUGAUCCCCACCACGUGGUGGCCCACGCGCUUCGACAAGGAGGGGAAGGACGAGCUGGAGGCCAAGAGUGAGACGGCUGACGAACGGUUGCGGCGGCGGGCGUACGAGAGAGGCUGUCAGAGGCUAAAGAAGAGGAUCGAAGUGGUGGAGGAGUUGCAGGUUCAGAUCCUGAGACUUCUGCUCAACAACAAAGACAGGGGGACGGGUGAAGCGUCCCGGUACAUUUUCCUCAAUAAGUUCCGGAAGUUUCUCCAGGAGAAUGCCAGCAACAGAGGGCAUCCCACAGCGCUGUGUCCUCCAGAGUACAUGCUGUGCUUCCUCCACCGUCUCAUCACGGCCGUCCGCUCCUACUGGGACGAGGGCAAGAGGAAGGGCCCGGGCUGCAUUAACAGCGAAGAGGCCUAUGUUCCACCCCAGCUCUUCUACAAUGGGAAGGUGGACUACUUUGACCUACAGAGACUAGGGGGUCUGCUCUCCCAUCUGAAGAAGACCCUCAAAGAUGAGCUGGCCAGUAAAACGAACAUCAUCAUCGACCCUGCUGAGAUCCUGACCACGUCCAUGGACGACCUGGACGAGGACGAGGAGAGUGGAGCAGCACAGCGGCCAUUCGGUGCGGCGGCGAUGGGCGGGGCUUUAGCGCGGCCCAGCUGGCUGAGCUCGCCGACGCUGGGUCGAGCGAACCGCUUCCUUAGCACGGCCGCCGUCAGCCUCAUGACCCCCAGACGACCCCUGGCCCCCCCCGAAAAGGUCAAAGUUCGCACCUUAGCUGUGGAGCAGAGGACAGAGGAAGACAUUGAAGGAAGCCAUGGCAACGAUGGCCUGUUGCUGGGGCGACCGCUGGAAGAGCCGGAUCAGCCAAUCGCAGAGAAGUCCUUGUUGGAGAUCGUCGAUGGGAUCGUAAUGAUGUACAACCUGAGCGUCCAUCAGCAACUCGGCAAGAUGGUUGUAGUGUCAGAUGACGUCCAUGAGUACGCUAUGGCACUGAAAGACACAGAAGAGAAGAUAGCUCGAUGCCCUGCAAGGAGAGCCGACAUUCUGGAUGAGCUCCAAAAGAGCCAGAAGGUUUUUGCUGAGAAGCUGAACCACCUCAGUAGAAGACUGGCCUGGAUCAAUGCGACUGUGUACUCCAAGGAGAAGAUGCUGGACGUGUACUGGCUGCUGAGGGUUUGCAUCCGCACGGUGGAGCACGCCGACCACACAGGCUCGCUGUUCGCCUUCGCCCCCGAGUUCUACCUGAACGUGGCCAUGAACGCCUACAGCGCCCUGAAGAACUACUUCAGCCCGGCCAACAGCAUGGACGACCUGCCAGGUUAUGAAGACACCCUGACUCAGCUGGCGGCCAUCCUCGCCAAGCACUUUGCUGACCCGCGUAUCGUUGGUACAGAUAUCAAGGACUCCCUGAUGCAGGCGCUGGCCAGCUACGUGUGUUACCCACAAUCCCUCAGGGCCGUGGAGAGGAUACCAGAGGAACAGCGCGUGGCCAUGAUGAGGAAUCUGCUGGCUCCAUAUGAGCAGAGGCCCUGGGCUCAGACCAACUGGAUACUGGUCCGACUGUGGAGGGGCUGUGGCUUCGGCUACAGGUACACCAGACUGCCUCACCUGCUGAAAACCAAACCCGAGGACACCAACCUGCCCAGUCUACAGAAGCCCUGUCCGUCACUGCUGCUCCAGAGGCACAUGGCGGAGCUGCUGAGCAUGGACAAAGACAUGGCCGCCUCCUUCCUCAACAGCGUCCUCAACCAGCUCAACUGGGCCUUCUCCGAGUUCAUAGGCAUGAUACAGGAGAUCCAGCAGGCAGCCGAACGGCCAGAGAGAAACUUUGUGGACACGCGCCAGCUCAAGGUGUGCGCGACCUGCUUCGACCUGUCCGUCAGCCUGCUGCGGGUUCUGGAGAUGACCGUCACCCUGGUGCCGGAGAUCUUCCUGGACUGGUCCCGCCCCUCGGCAGAGCUGCUCCUCAGACGAUUGGCUCAGCUGUUGAACCAGGUGCUGAACAGAGUCACAGCAGAGAGGAACUUGUUUGAUCGGGUGGUCAACCUACGUCUGCCAGGGCUGGAGAGUGUGGAUCACUACCCCAUCCUGGUCGCCGUCACGGGGAUCCUGGUUCAGAUCCUGGUGGAGGGAGAGAGACAGGGGAUCUCCAGAGCAGCGUCCGUGCUUCUGUCCGACCCCUGCUUCCAGCUCCACUCCAUCCAGCACCUCCUGGGAGAGGGAGGAGAGCCAGCGGGCUCCUCCACGACCGCCGCCCCCAGCCCGCCCCCCGUGGUGGGGCCCCUGGGAGCCGCGCUGGCCCCUGCCGUCUCCCCGGGGCCCGGGGCCGGCGGCCCGGCGGACCGCAAGCACUUCUCCCUGCACGCAUAUACCGACUACAUCAGUGAGGAGGAGGAGAGGAAGGUAGAAGGUAUGCUGGCCUUCCUGACCGAGGAGUCCAAGCAGGCUGCCGCCAGCACAGCUCCCACCAGUGAGGAGGAUCUCUGUCCCAUCUGCUACGCUCACUCCAUCUCCGCUGUCUUCAAGCCCUGCUCACACAAGUCCUGCAAAGCCUGCAUCAACCAGCACCUCAUGAACAACAAAGACUGUUUCUUCUGCAAGGCCACCAUCACUGGAGUGGAGGACUACACCAAGCCUGCUAGCUCCUAACACACCACACACACACACACACACACACACACACACACACACACACACACACACGCAGACGCACAAACACACACAGACACACACACACACACACACACUAUAAUAAAAACUCUACAGACGCAAACACACAUUUGCAUAGUGAUGCAACUCUUUUUUAAAUUAUAUGCUCUACUAUCCAAAAAGAAAUGUUAGAAGUGUGCGUUUAUAUGUGUAUGCAUGUAAUUAUGUAUGUUUAUUUGUGUGUGUGUAUGAGUGGGUAUGUGGGUGUGUGAGGUUGUAUGAGUGUGUGUAUAUGUUUGUGUGUCUGUGCGCCUGUAUUCAUGUGUGUGUGUGUAGCUCUAGGUUUGGGUACACCCUCUCGGUGUGGGGUUCGUCAAAAUGGAAGAAAAUUCCAAGGAACGGUUCAGACAACGAACAGGAAGAGGAAGUCCAAAUAAGGAGACGGUGGAAUCCCCUCCCCUGGUGACGCGACGAGGAGCGCUGGGUACAUGCAUCUUUAAUGUCACCGUCGGGAGUCCAUCCCCGGGACAGGCAGGUAGCCGUGGCAACCAGGGGGCAUGAAGCACACGACAACAGGGCGAUGACCGCCAGUAUGGCGAGGUUUGAUUGGGCGGUUAGCUGAGCCAAUCCCAGAAGCCGGGGAUAGACCGUGUUUUACGUACCCUGGGGUUCAAUCCCUUUAAUUAAAAUAAGACAUCUAAGACAGAUUAGUGUUUAAAAUGUCGGAUUUGAAAAGUUAAAUUAUAAUACAGCGAUUUUCUUUAAUAGAUACGCCAGUCUUUUCCAUCUUUUCCAGGCUAUAAUAUCCCCAUUGGUGAGAUUCAUUGUUCUGUAUUUGAUGAAGAGUGAUGCUUCCAAUGUAUGUGACUUCCCCUUCCAAAUCGGGCAACAUACCCUGCCCCCCAAUUAGGAUUAUAAUCAUUCAUUUAUUUAUGCAGUCAAAUUAAAGUCUUUGAGUCAGUGACAUUAGAAUGACGCUACAAACAAACUUUGGCUAUGCUCUGGAAACAGCAAUUAGUCAUCACAUCCUCAGGCUGAAUCAGACAAAAAGCAGUUCAUACACUGAUAACUCUGCUGUAGUUCCAAACGUGACCACAGGAGGUCAUGGCAAAACAACGGUUCAUUGCCCCCUGGCUGCGCGCAUAGCUAAUCAUGUUGGCUAACAGGAAACCCUUCUAAACUUUAAACUGAAUGGGAACUCGCCGGUUCCGCUGUCGGAAACACGACCGGAACGAUAUCGUCACGUGAUUCGUGUGAUCCGUUAAGAGACGGCGGUCAGGUGUGAGGUUAGGGUUAGGGGGGGGGGGGGGAGAGAGACUUGGACUGGUUCUUCUGAGGACCCCAUGAGGGUCUUCAACGUGGUGGCCGACCAACGCACACCAUUUUGUCUGUGCGUGCGAACACGGCGAUUUUGAUUUUGUUUUUAGGAGUACCGGAAAUCUUUUGAGAGUCUGUGAGCGACGUAUUACUGCAGCGUGUCUGCGUCUGAGAGUUAAAAAGAACACGACUUUUUUAACCGGGCCGCGAGGAUUAAGGUGUGUUGUGAUGGAAGCAUCCAUGGAAAAUACAAGUUUUUAAAUAUAAAGGUUACCUUUUUUUAAAUUUCCUCGAUACAGAAAUAUUAUAUAUUGUUGUUGUUGUUUGCCUGUUGUUGAGAUGAGAUGGAAUGAAAUAUCAGCCAAUGACAUCCGUCUUCGUUUUUCAGUGUUCCGUGGUGGAUGGAUUUUAACCUCUAGGUGGCGGCAAACUCACACACAAUGUCUACUGUGUACCCCCCCCCUUUAAUCAGAUAUUUAUAAUGUAAUGAAGAGGGCUUGGGUGGCUUUGUUUUAGUCUUAUAUAAAACGUGCGGUGUGUGUGUGUGUGUGUAUGCGACCGGGAUAGCGAUCAUGUAAGAGACGUAUACAUCAGUGUGAUGACUAAAUUAAAGACUUGUAAUGGCUGAAAUCAACGUGGUGUUUUUAUUACCUAAUCCAUCAUGCUGGGUAAUUAUGAACUGGAAAUUAAACCGAUUAAAAUACUGAAAUAAAUCUCUGAAAUACAGGAAGAACAUAAUGGUCAGUUUGUGAAACAGCAGCGGGUCAUAAAUAUCACAGUAACACUGUGAUAACAUUGUUUUAUUAUGUUCUAAUUGGGUCCUGUCUUGGUGUAAAAACGUCAACAAGGUCAUUCAGUGUUAGUUUUCCCUGACCUGUAACCCCUAAAUCCGGGGUUUAAACCACUGGGAGAAAUUAAGGAAUUAAGUCUUAAACAAAAUUCUUAUUGCCUACUGUUAACGGCUGAUGAACAUAUUUAUUUUAUUUUAUUGACUUGAUGUUUACACAGUAUAUCACAGUCGUGUUGUUAGACUCUUCGACUGUUACUGUCUGGUAAUAAAGCAGUUUAUAUUCUUGAUAAUGGUCCUACAGUGUCUGUUCAUUAGAUUAGAUGAGGCAGGCAUACAAUGGUCAAAUGUCCGCACCAGGCCGUGGCAAUAUUAACUGGGGCUCAGUAAUAAAAAGGUUGAGAAACCCUGACCUUAAUAAACAUUUGAUGUGAAAUAGUUGGUUUCAAAGAAAUCAUCUUUAAGGGACAUAAUUUAAGGUCAGUGUGCGUCACACACAACAUUGUCAUCACGGUGAUAGAAUUGGUCUCCUUCCUUCAGCAGAGAGUGAUUCUCCAACUCCUGUUGGAGAAUCGGUGGUGAGACGGGAACCACGAUUGUUUCUUCAUGAAAGUUUUAAGAGGUCUCCUUUCGAGUGUAAACCAAUCCCAGAAUCCUUCAGACAGCAGCCCAGAUUGUUUCUUCAAGAGAAGUCUCAGGCCUCUGGUCUGGAGGGUAGACCCAGCCUGCUGUCCUGACAGUUUAUCUUACCUGGAGAUCCAGACUUUCUGGAGAGUCUUCACGCGCUCCG